AUGAGCAAACACGAAGAGUCCUUAAUCGAAGAAGCUGAAGAAGUUGAUCCUUCAAUUGCCCAACUCCCUCCUCAUAAGGUCAAUAAAGCAGAAUCGAAGAAGGAUCCCGAAGAAGCCUUUGCUGGUGAGCAAGAAGAACAAUCACCAGCUGUUGAUGAAAAAUUUCAAGAGGAAGAGAGAGAAGUUAGUGAGUGGAAUAUUGAACAUGGCUUUAAAGACCCAAAGGAAUCCUUGCUUCAAGAAGCAGAAGAUGCAGAUCCAAAUAUAGUCAAAUUGCCAGCUCACAAAGUUGACGGAACUGAAUUGAAACAGGAGACUAGUCCAAACCCAGAAGCCGAUGAAAUAGAACAGGAAACUUAUAAUGAUGACAAGUUGAAAGCAGAGGAAGAGAAAGUAACUAAAUGGAAUGCUGAACAUGGAUUCAAAGACACCAAGGAAUCACUUAUCGAAGAAGCUGAGGAAGCCGAUCCUAACAUUGUAAAAUUGCCACCUCACAAAGUGAACAAAAAGGAACUUGAAGAAGAGCUUGGAAAGGAGUAA